AUGAUUGCUAUAUUUUUAUUUAUGUUAAUUUCCAUCGGAAGUUUGAAAUCAAAGGAAAUCGAGGAGACAUUGGAUGCAGUAGAAUUAAUUGCAUAUUACGGAUAUCCAGUAGAGAGACACUAUGUUACAACGGAUGACGGGUAUACGAUUGAAAUGCAGAGAAUUCCUUAUGGAAGAGAUGACCGGUCUAUCGAUGGUUGCACAAAACGGCCUGUUGUAUUUUUCAUGCAUGGCUUAUUCGCCACUUCCUAUAUGUAUCUUUUCAAUCUACCAUCCCAAAGUGCUGCUUUUGUUUUCGCUGAUGCAGGAUUUGAUGUGUGGCUUGGUAACGUCCGUGGCACAGAAUACGGUUUGAACCACACUACUUUUCACCCAAAGGAAGCCAGAUUUUGGAACUUUACACUCUACGAGCACUCCCACUUUGAUCUCCGCCAACAAAUUGAAUAUGCUCUCGAGAAAACCAACCAGAAAUCUCUAUUCUAUGUUGGACAUAGUCAGGGAACUACUGUAAUGUUUGCAAGACUUGCUGAAGCAGAUGCCACGUGGCAGAGUAAAAUUAGAAUAUUCUUUGCACUGGGCCCAACUGCUGGAUUCUUGAAGCCAUUGAUGCCAUUCACUUUGUUGGGAGAAGGUCCCUUGCAACAGUUGAUACAGUUUGUAUUGGAUGGAAAGUUUGGAAUCUUACCUGUUGAAGUUCCAAAAGCUAUCAGCUCAAUUAUCACAAAUAUUUGUCAAUCGAGAUUCUUCUCUCCUUUAUGUUCAGCUGGAUUAAAUGCUGCAGGAUUAGAGACGUUGGGACAAGUAAACACGUCAAGAAUUCCUAUUAUAAUUAGCCAUUUUCCAUCUGCAACUUCCACUCUCAACUUACUUCACUGGGCACAAAUCUUCAAAUUUCAUGAGCUGAGAAGAUUGGAUUUGGGAGCGAAGAGAAAUUUGAUUGCUUAUGGGCAAAAGGAAGCUCCUAAAUUUGAUAUUGGAAAUAUUGUGGCACAAACUAUUUUGUAUUUUAGCAAAGAAGAUCAAAUCACGGAUGAAAUGGAUGUUCGGGAGAUUAUAAUGAAACAAAUGGGACCUGGACUCAUCGAAAGUUAUAGUCUGGACCAUUUCACUCACGCAGACUAUGCAAUUGGACUCAGGGCCACCGAUGAAGUUUACAAACCGAUCAUUUAUAGAAUUUACAAAGAAAUUAAAAUGAAAGGGUGCUAG